AUGAUGCAACUGUAUUUACUUUCAUCUCUGAACAUCAUACUCGUAUUAUGUGGAGAUCCUCCAAACAUAUAUCGAUGGAUGGCUGAUAACUCAUACAUUUGUGGGCCAAAUCGAGACGUCGAUGGAUCUAUUGUGACGUUUCUGAGUGAAGACGAAGGAUUGGCAUGUACUGCUUGUGGUACGAAACGUCAAAAACCUCCAACAGAAGCUUGUGGAGUGCGUACGAAAGGGAAAGGAAAAGAAGACGAAGAACCUCGGAUAGGUUGUUUCCCGAUUCCCCAACUUUGCCUGGACGACUACACGCUGCGUUAUGCGAGCGCUUUCCCGGAGGAAAUCAAGCGUGCAAAAGAGAAAGCGAAGGCCGAGGGUCGAGGUUCGGUAUCGGAGGAACAAGGAGUCACGGAGCACAUCGACAACGAGCUUCCUUCUCAAGUUCUUGAUACAAAUCGGCUUAGUAAGAGCAAACCAUCGGAGAAGUUGGAUAGGGAAAAUUCUGUGGAUAACGAGCCUGUGAUUGCUAUCACUUCCACAGUCACUACCCAUGCCACAACGAAUCCGUUGGUAGGGAAAGAAUUUGAGCCACGAAAGUUCACAGCAAGUUUUGCAACUACUACCAAAAUCCCAGUGAAUACCAUCGAGACGAAUCUCCAGGAUAUAACUGCGUUGGAAACUCCGCUAACCACCACCAUCAUUCCAGUACCGAUUAAAACCACAGAGUUGCAUACGGAACCCACAACUACAAAAGUCCCAUUGAUACUUCCUACCCUGGUGAAUUUAGUCUCUGGAACUCCAAGCACUGAAACUCAUAAAACAUCAGCAACUCAAAUGCAGCCGUUGCGUGCUUCAACAACAACUUCUCCACCAGCACUUGACAAAGGAGAAUCCGAAUUUCCCCCUGAGGAAUUGGAAGAGGAUGUCCGGAAAAUUCUGAUGCAAAAACGUCGUGAAGGUCAUCAUCAUUUCUUUGGAACUACAACUGUCCCAACAACAACAACAACAAUACCGACAACAACCACACCAAAAAUCUGCAAAGAUAAGCACAAUCUGUGCUGUUUCUGGGCUGUUGCCGGAGAGUGCGAGACAAAUCCGUUCUGGAUGCGUAUUCAAUGUGCUAAAACAUGUGGAACAUGCAAUUGUCCUCUUCGUGACGCGGAUAAAUGUGUUUCAACUGGUAUCAAUUGCACAUUACCAACCACAACAACGAGAUCCACCACCACAACGACCCCAACAACCCUAAUUUCGCUACUCCCAUUGAGUAGACAAACGGCUGCGUCAACCAGUACAACCACUACCACAGUAACCUUCUUCGGGAUUCUAGAGUAUAUUUUUCGAGCUCGUGAAAAUCUUGGAUUACAGCGAAAACUACGAACGAGGCCGUUCACACCACCAUUGAACGGAUUCAAGCGAACCCAGAGUACGCCAAAAGGAGAGACAACACCCUCAACAACAACGACAACGACUCCAAAACCAACAACUACUACCAGUACCACAACGACGACUACUACUACAACGACUACAACAACGACCGAAGAUCCAUGUCAAGAUCUGGAUCGACACUGUGCCUUCUGGGCAUCGCUUGGUGAAUGCGAAUUGAAUCCUUACUGGAUGCGGCCACAUUGUCAACGAUCGUGUCAAUCCUGCGGCGAAGAAGUCGAUACCGUUUUUGCACCAACUCCAAGAAAAGGUUGCGAAAAUAAUCAUAAACUAUGCAAUUUUUGGGCAGCAACAGGCGAAUGUGAUGUGAAUCCGAACUACAUGGUCCCAUAUUGUCCGCUCUCAUGUAUGAUAUGUUAA